CGCCCCCGCCCCGCGCGGGGCCUAGUCCGUCUGGGAAGCGGCCCCUUCCGCUGGGCCGGCGGGGCCUGCUGCGAGCGCGGGAAGCAGGAAACCAUCUGACCUGUCUGCAUUGUUCUCUUGACAAAAAGACAUGAAAAUUGUGCUUUGCAGCCACCAUCUUUCUGAGGGAGGACAAUAUAGGACACUUUUGCAGCCCAUCUGUGCUAACUCAACCAAAAAGAUUGCAAGCUGUCACACUGCACACUGAUGUGGGAGAUAUUAAAAUAGAGAUAUUCUGUGAGCGAACACCUAAGGCCUGUGAAAACUUCCUGGCUCUUUGUGCUAGUAACUACUACAAUGGCUGCAUAUUUCACCGGAAUAUCAAAGGAUUCAUGGUGCAGACAGGGGAUCCAACAGGUAAAUCCUUCCAUCAGUGUCUGGUAUAUUGAGCCCUUUUUCAAAGGUGGGAGACAAGGCUCUGGGAAAGGAGGUAACAGCAUUUGGGGCAGGAAAUUUGAAGAUGAAUACAGUGAACACCUAAAGCACAGUGUCCGUGGUGUCGUUUCCAUGGCGAACAAUGGCCCAAACACCAAUGGAUCUCAGUUCUUCAUUACAUAUGGCAAACAGCCACACCUAGAUAUGAAGUAUACUGUCUUUGGGAAGGUAAUUGAUGGUCUGGAGACCCUAGAUGAGCUGGAGAAGCUCCCGGUGAAUGAGAAAACCUACCGACCUCUUAACGAUGUUCACAUUAAGGAUGUCACAAUUCAUGCCAACCCUUUGGCUUCAUAGACAUAAAGUGCCUGGACAGAUUCCUGAGAAGCUGGUCAGACUGACUGCUAAUCAUAGUCUUGAAGAGACACUAAAAAGAUGUCAAUUUGGAUCAGACCUUUACAGCUUGAAUGCAGGACUUUCAGGAGCUGACAGCAUCAGGCAGGAUACAAAGGGGAGCCUCAGACUGGCUCUUCUAGUUCUAGCUGUUCCAGACAAUCUGCCAAGGCUCUGAUUGUGAACUUUAGUUUACUUUUUGUACAUGUAAGAUAAAGGGGAAGAAUCUUUUUAAAAAUAUUUUUUCAAUCUUU